AUGAGUAGCAGACUUCAAAACCCAUUUGUUGGGGCAGCUUUCCAAUCCUCCUUAAAGCCAAGAAACUUGAACAGUUUGGGUUAUCUUGGAAACAAAUUUCCCAGAAAAUCUCGGUAUGAUAUCAUUCCACGUGCCAAGAAAAACGACUGGAUAUCUCACGGGAUUAGGUUUUCACAAUCAUGCGGGGAAAAUGUUGAGAUUUUAUGGAAGAAUAUAGGAGUAAGAAGUGGGUUUGUGGUGAAGUCCGUGAAAGAGCCUUUCACUAGAAGCAAAGCUAUAGUUAGGUCAUUAUCCACAGUCUGGGAGGAAGGUUUGCUUCUAUUCCGGUGUUCUGUUUUCUGUGCUGUGAUAUCUGGGGUGUGCUUGUUGUUAUGGUACAGUCAACUUAAAGCCAAGACAUUAAUAGAAUCAAAGCUUUUGCCUUCAGUUUGCACAGCAUUAAGCGAUUAUAUCCAACGUGACCUUCAUUUCGGUAAAGUUCGAAGUGUUUCUCCUUUGAGCAUUACAUUGGAGUCAUGCUCGAUUGGGCCUCACAAGGAAGAGUUCUCUUGUGGUGAGGUCCCGACUCUAAAAUUACGUUUUCACCCCUUUUCAAGUUUGAGAACUGGAAAGAUUGUAAUUGAUGCAGUUGUGUCUAAUCCCACAUUGUUGGUUGCACAAAAGAGAAACUAUUCGUGGUUAGGGAUACCCUUUACAGAUGGCGUUCUUCAGAAGCAUUUGUCAACUGAAGAAGGUAUUGAUAAUCGUACAAAAAUCAGAAGAAUUGCUCGAGAGCAAACUGCAGCACGGAUGGAUGAAGAAAGAGAUGAUGCAGCUCGAGAGGCUGCUCAAAUGGGGUAUAUUGUUUCCAAUAGAGGAUCUAAUGUGUUAGAAGGUGUUGAUGUUUUGAAGAAGAAUACUGUAAAUUCAUUAGUUUUUUCUGUGGAUGAGAAACUUCGUUGGCAGGAUCAUCACUGCAUGGAUGCGGGUGUAGAGUAUGAUAUGAAACAUGCGGAUUUGGAAAAAUCUUUUGGUGUAAAUAUACCUAUUGCAGGGGUGAAAUUCUGGUCGCGGAUUAUACCUGGAUCUUUAAGGCGUAAGCUUAAGAGAAGGAAGGCUAAUGGGGGAGAUAUGCUUGUUGCUGGUAUAGCAGCCAAAAAAAGAAUUUUGGAGCACAGUGCAUCUGCAGCACAUGCAUACUUCCUGGAUCCUAUUCCUAGCCUAGUUCACAAAAAGGAUGAGAAUCCCAAUAUUAAACUAGAUGCUCUUGAUUCGUCUGACAAGCCUGCAGAACAUUUCGGGACCAAAUCUCUACUGAAAGAUGAAAAGAGGGGCAUGGGAGAUGUGUGGUCAAACUUGGUUGUUGGUUCCAUUGAAAAGAUUAAGUCAGAGGUUGUCCCAAAAGUUGAAGGUAUUGUUGUUGAACUUAUGGAAGGGGGGGCUAAUGGCGAAAAAGCAGCAGGAACUGAGAAGAUGCUUCCUGUUAUUCUGGAUUCUGUCCAUUUUAAAGGUGGAACAUUACUGUUGCUUGCAUAUGGUGACAAUGAGCCCAGAGAAAUGGAGAAUGCUUGUGGACAUGUGAAGUUCCAAAAUAAUUACAGUCGUAUCCAUGUGCAACUGAGUGGUAACUGUAAGAUGUGGCAAUCGGAGUCGGAUGUAACAUCAGAAGAUGGUGGCUGGCUGUCUACAGAUGUUUUUGUUGAUACAGUCGAGCAAAAAUGGCAUGCCAAUCUCAAAGUCGUCAGUCUUUUUGUUCCGCUAUUCGAAAGGAUUUUAGAAAUUCCUAUUGCAUGGUAUGAAGGAAGAGCUAGUGGUGAGGUUCACAUUUGCAUGUCACAAGGAGAAAGCUUCCCGAAUCUUCAUGGACAGCUUGAUGUGACAGGGUUGGCUUUUCAAAUAUCCGAUGCACCAUCUUCAUUUUCUGAUAUAUCUGCAAGCUUGUGUUUUCGGGCUCAACGAAUAUUCUUACACAAUGCGAGUGGUUGGUUUGGCAAGGUUCCUCUAGAAGCUUCUGGAGAUUUCGGAAUUGAACCAGAGGAAGGAGAAUUUCACCUUAUGUGUCAGGUUCCUUCUGUGGAAGUAAAUGCCCUGAUGAAAAGUUUUAAAAUGAAACCUCUAUUGUUUCCGUUGGCAGGAUCAGUGACAGCUGUUUUCAACUGUCAAGGCCCUUUGGAUGCUCCAGUAUUUGUGGGAAGUGGGCUGGUUUCAAGAAAGUUAUCUAGUUCGGUUGCUGAUGUUCCUACAUCACCUGCCUAUGAGGCAAUCAUGAAGAAUAAAGAGGCUGGUGCAGUGGCAGCAUUUGACAGGGUUCCAUUCUCUUAUGUAUCAGCCAAUUUUACUUUCAAUACUGAUAAUUGUGUUGCAGAUUUAUAUGGAAUUAGAGCAAAUCUUGUAGAUGGUGGCGAGAUUCGCGGGGCAGGAAAUGCGUGGAUUUGUCCAGAGGGCGAGGAAGAUGACACAGCAAUGGAUGUGAACUUUUCUGGGAAUCUAUGCUUUGAUAAAAUCAUGGAUCAGUAUGUUCCUGGUUAUAAUCAUCUUGUACCCUUCAAGUUAGGGGAUUUGAAUGGAGAAACAAAACUCUCUGGCUCAUUGCUCAAGCCGAGAUUCGAUAUUAAGUGGACUGCACCAAAAGCCGAAGGAUCAUUUGGAGAUGCUCGAGGAGACAUCAUUAUAUCGCAUGAAAGCAUCACCAUCAGUUCUUCAUCCAUUGCUUUUGAGUUGUUUACAAAAGUUCAAACAUCUUACCCUCACGAAAACUGGCAAAAUAUAAGAGAGUUUGAUGCCACGCCUGCUGUGAUUAUUGAAGGAGUGGAGUUGGAUUUACGUAUGAGGGGCUUUGAAUUUUUCAACUUGGUUUCCUCGUAUGCAUUUGAUUCUCUAAGGCCGAUUCAUCUAAAAGCAACCGGAAGAAUCAAGUUUCAAGGAAAAGUUGUUAAGCCUGUUAUUAGCAUUUCAGAUGAACAACAAACAAAUACAAAUGGUGAGAAGACCAAGGUGUCAAAGAUUCUUGCCGGUGAUGUUUCAAUCACGGGUCUUAAACUAAAUCAGUUGAUGCUAGCACCUCAGUUAGCUGGAGUGCUCAACAUCUCACGUGCGUGUAUUAAGUUGGAUGCAACUGGCAGGCCGGAUGAAAGUCUUGCAGUUGAAGUGAUUGGAUCCAUUGGUGAGGAGAAUGCAAUUGGGAACAUGUUGUCAUUUUCUCUUCAGAAGGGGCAGUUAAGGGCCAAUGUUUGCUAUCAGCCUUUUCACUCGGCCAGUCUAGAGGUUCGUCAUUUACCACUUGAUGAAUUGGAGCUGGCAUCACUUAGAGGAACAUUACAAAGGGCAGAAGUGCAACUUAAUUUCCAGAAAAGAAGGGGCCAUGGAAUCUUAUCUCUGUUACAUCCAAAGUUCAGCGGUGUGUUAGGCGAAGCUCUAGACUUGGCUGCUAGAUGGAGCGGGGAUGUUAUAACUGUUGAGAAGGCUGUUUUGGAACAAAGCAAUAGCCAGUAUGAACUUCAAGGGGAAUACGUGUUGCCCGGGUCACGAGCUGGAAAAGAAACAGGAAAAGGGAACUUACUUAGAAGAGCAAUGGCUGGCCAUUUAGGAAGUGUGAUAUCUUCUAUGGGUCGCUGGAGAAUGAGGCUUGAGGUUCCACGUGCUGAAAUUGCUGAGAUGCUUCCACUUGCUAGGCUUGUUUCCCGAAGUACUGAUCCAGCUCUUCAGUUUAGAUCAAAGGAUCUUUUUAUGCGAAGUAUACAGUCGGUGGGGGUUGAUGCUGAAAGUCUCCAGAAGCUUCUUGAGGAAAUUCGUGGGCACGCUACCCCAUCAGAUGAAGUUAUUCUGGAAGAACUAAACCUUCCAGGUCUGGCUGAGCUUAAAGGCCGUUGGCGUGGAUCUUUAGAUGCAAGUGGCGGAGGCAAUGGUGACACAAUGGCAGAUUUUGAUUUUCAAGGAGAGGAAUGGGAAUGGGGAAGUUACAAAACUCAGCGUGUCCAAGCAGCGGGGGCAUACAGCAACGAUGACGGUUUGCGGCUGGAGAAGAUGUUGAUUCAAAGAGACAAGGCCACAAUCCAUGCAGACGGAACUUUAUUGGGCCCAAAAACCAAUCUGCAUUUCGCCGUCCUAAAUUUCCCUGUUAGUCUUGUCCCCACACUCGUACAGGUUCUAGAAUCUUCCGCCAAUGAAGCUGUCCAUUCAUUGCGCCAACUUUUAGCACCCAUAAAAGGAAUCCUUCACAUGGAAGGUGAUCUAAGAGGAAGUCUUGCAAAACCCGAAUGCGAUGUACAAGUAAGACUCCUCGAUGGUGCCAUUGGUGGCAUUGAUCUUGGGAGGGCUGAAGUUGUCGCCUCUUUGACUUCAACUAGUCGCUUUUUGUUCAAUGUCAAGUUUGAACCCAUUAUACAAAAUGGUCAUGUGCAUAUUCAAGGAAGUGUCCCCGUCAGUUUCGUUCAAAAUGAUGAAGACACUCAUUCUCUUCUUGAAAAGGAUAAAAAUGAAGGGACCUGGUCUUCUUCUUCUUCUUCUUCUUCUGCUUCUGCUUGGGGCGCCAAAGGGAAAAAUGAUGAUAAGAAAGCAUCUUGGAAUGAAGAGGGUUGGGAUACCCAGUUGGCCGAGAGUCUUAAAGGUUUGAAUUGGAACGUGCUGGAUGCUGGUGAAGUUAGGGUUGAUGCUGAUGUCAAAGAUGGUGGCAUGAUGUUGCUAACUGCAUUGUCUCCUUAUGCUAAUUGGCUCAAUGGAAGUGCCGAAGUUAUGCUUCAGGUGAGAGGUACGGUUGAACAACCAAUGGUGGAUGGAUCAGCAUCCUUUCACAGGGCAACGAUAUCUUCACCCAUACUUCGGAAACCACUUACAAACUUUGGGGGCAUAAUUAUCAUGGAUUCUAAUAGGUUAUGCAUCAGAUCUUUGGAAAGUAGAGUAAGCAGAAAAGGGAAGCUCUCGGUGAAAGGUAACCUACCCCUCAGGACAACCGAAGCAUCACUUUCUGAUAAAAUCGACUUGAAAUGUGAAGUCUUAGAAGUACGAGCAAAGAAUAUCUUAAGUGGUCAGGUGGAUACUCAGCUACAGAUAAUGGGGUCUAUAUUGCAACCCAACAUUUCUGGGAACAUCAAAUUGAGCCAUGGAGAAGCUUAUCUACCUCAUGAAAAGGGUGGAGGAGCUGCUAAUGCUAUAAACCGAGAAGCAUCGGAGAAUUCAAGCAUGCCAAAUGGUGGAUACAAUCAAGUGGUUGCUUCAAAAUAUGUCUCACGUUUCUUAAAUUUGAAACCCGCAACUUCAGAUACCCCAUUUCAGUUUCACCAGCAACCUUCAGGUAAAGAGGGUGAAGCUGGAAAGGGAAUGGGGGCAAUUAAAUAA